AAAAAUAUUCGACUCGCAACCACAUCGCAUCAACUUUUCAAAUAACUACAACACGCAUCAUCAUCACAUCACAAUGGAUCUCCAAGGCAACCCUAUCCCCUCUGGCCAGCGCGGUGUUAAGAACACCACCGACCCCUUGUCCAACCGCCCCAUCAACGAGCCUUCUGGCCCUGUCUUGAAAGACUCACUCGCCGCUGAAUCGGUCAGCCAUGGCGGCUCAUUCAAUGAAAACCGCAACGCCCAACCUAUUGGAGCAACAUCUCAAAACACCACCACAAACACUACCGACACAUCGGCAGCCACAAAGCUUCCUUCAGCUUCUAACGCCCGUGAGCGCGAAGAACCCCACGGCUCCCAGCGAUAUCCUGACGCCCUCGGCGGCCAGGCAGAGUUCCCCGGCGCUCACGUCCCAGAAACUGGAUACGUUGGCGGCUCAACCGCGGCGAAGAAGGACUUAGGCAUUAACAAACCCGUUUACCCUGCUUCUGAGAAGAUCGACCACCAGGGCCAGUCACGGACUCAGGCCCCUGCUAGCGGAAGCGGAUACCAGACUCGAAGCGCAACUGCUGCGCAGAAGAAGCAGAACGACUCGUCCGCCACUGCUGGUCAGGGCGGCGAGUUCCCCAGCGACCCCAAGUACAACGCCAGCUUCAACUCUGAGAUUGGCUCUCAGGACGACCCCGGUCGAUUGGCUGAACAAAAAUUCCAGCGACGUCAGGCCGAGACAGUGGCAGCCGCUGCUGCGCCGGCUCAGAAGGGUACUGGUGACCAAACCUGGUAUCAACCCUUAAACGCAGACCAGCGUGCUUAAAAUUUAAAUUUACCUCUUAUUGUUCUUGAUGAACCAUGCCAUGUACAUUAGAUGAAACGAGAUGAAUCCAAAAUUCAAAAUGGGC